AUGGACGUCGACGACUCGGCGCGUGGCGAGUUGAAGAUCAAGGGUCGUGCUGCCGCGGAGAAGAAGGAACAGGAUGGCCGGAACGAUGACGAGGACCCGGAGAUGAGAAAAAGAGAAAGCGAACUGAAGGAGAAGGCACUGAGGAACAAAGUCGUGCGGUCCAGGAAGAACACAAAUGCUUGA